UGUAACUUGGGAACCAAGUCAGAUACAGCAUCCCGGUUUGUGGCGCCAUGUAGCGCCACGAGUUGGCUACCCACCCCCCAAUGCGCAACUCUCUCGCAUGUACGGUUGGCCUACAGUAGCGGUUUUAGUUUGGCCUAUGAAAACCGAAAAAAUCGACCAAAAUCGGCCAUUUUUUAG